AUGCUGACUAACGUGUGGAAUUCCAUAUUGCCUGGCUGCAGGAACCGUCAAAACUGUCAGACACACCUGGAAGUCCUGCAGGCUGAUGAAGUGACAGAGCCAAGUGCGUUGCCAUCGACUGUGUCACGCAGUACCGGCGGCAGUGGCGCCAUGUCCCCAAGGCAUUCGACGGAGCAAACUUGCAGCUGUUCGGCUGAUCAGCGCAGCUGUACUACUUUGGGCCAGGAAUGUAGCUGUAUGAAGUGUAGUACGUGCCUUCAUGCCACGAGGAAGACUGAUUCUUCGGGUGGAAAUCCUGUUACGUGCGACUUGCAAGUUGCGCUGGUAGACUUCAGUUUGCAGCAUCAAGAGGAGCAACACGGGCAGGCGGAGGAAGCAUACGCAAGUAUUUCUGAAGAUGAGCAGAUUUUGCCGCCUGUAGAUCCAGUGGGUGCGCCGGAUGCGAGAUGUAGCCGUGAGUCUUUAGAAGAGGCUGCGGCGGCAGCGGAAGACCACCCAAGCGCGAUUCCUUCAACUCCGUUUCACUCACAUGAGGAGACGCAUGUCUGUGGACUCAGCUCUCAGAGGCAAGAGCAAUAUCUGGUGGGCUCUGUAGGCCCUUCCUUGGCAGAGGGGCCCAAAACGAGGUCCUCAAUUGAAUGCGAGCACACUGAAGGGUGGGAACACAUCCAAAACGAUAAUGGUGGAUGCCCGGUAGCAGCUGCUGUGGCGAUAGAAUCGGCUGAACAGGGGGUCAAUAUACCAGGCACUUGUGAGAAGGACCCCAAGAGAUCAGCAGGCAGUCUCUCUGGCAGGAGUUCGCCCUUAACAGAAUUCGAGUUUGUGCAUGGUGCCCCUGUGUACGAUGCCCUGCAUUUGCUGCGGCUUACCCAAAGGCAGCAGUUAAGGGGGUGGGAUUGGGCGUGCGCUGGCCUUGUCCCUCUGGCCUUGGUGGAAAGGCGCCAUGGUGACAGUCAUUCAGCUCCGAACGCCGCCGUCAGUGCAGCGGCCACAGCAGCUGCCGUUGGUGAAACGAUUGCCCGAAGAGGGAGUGCUGUUGUACAAAUCCUCAGAUCUGCUGUGCUCUCCGGAGUCCGUGCAAGGCGCGAGCCGAUCGAGCAUCAAGGAUCUUUACACCAGGUAGUUGCCCUCGGCAGCGGAGAGUUCACAGCUGCCGAGCCUGCCUCCACGAUACUAAGUGGCUGGUGCGGGCGUUGGCAGCUUACAUCCGUUGAUUCACCCAAGGGCAGCCUAAGUAGCUGCUGGAGCGGAGACCAGAGGAAAGACAGUGCUCUCUCGACGCCUUCGGAGUCAUCCAGCAAGAGUGGAAAGUCUCCAAGCCGUUCUUCUCGGAAAAGGCCUGCAGAGCCUCAACUACUGCAGCUGGACUCCGCAGGUGCUGCUGUUUGUUCUCCACGGCCAGCCUCAUGUGCGGCGAUAUCCGCAUUUGGAGUCCACAGUGACACGCAACAAGGCACAAUGCCAGCCUGUGAUGAACCUGCAGAAGCCUCAUCCUGUUCUGCUCAGGUCGCCCCUCAAGCUGAGAUAUCGUGCUCUGCUACAGACGUGUCAGAGCCUCCUGAGGGCGGAUACUCGGACGCGUCAGGCGGAGAGGGUCUGAGCUUGCUUCUGCACCAAGCACAGCAGCACUUGGAGCGCCAGUGCAGGCGGCGCUUGCAACGAAACGACUUGAGACUGAAUAUUCUCGCUACUGCUUUGCCUGGGGUGGACGUAGGCUGCUUUUGCCAGCAGAUGUUCGUGGAGUGGCAACAAGUGCGUCACCAACGGGUCUCUUGUGGGGAGGAGUCUGUUUUCCGUGUUCCUUUUGCCGCUCCCUUUGUGGAAGUCCCGGUAAUUGCAGCAACCAGUUUUGCCUCUGCUCUUCCUUAUUGUGAACUUCGCGUGCUUGAGAAGUGGGAGAGCGUCACGGCAGUUCAGGCAGAGCCUACAGAACGGAGGGUUCACGUCUGUCUUUUCCUCAUCCCGCAAUCUGUUCUGCCUCUAUCCACAGAGAUUUUGGCUCUGCUAAAGCGACUACGGGCUGUCACAUGCCUGCUUCCCUUGUUGGUCGUGCUGCAGCACACCACACCCGAUCAAAUUUCACGCGAUACACGGACUCUCCGCCUCCAACUCGCGUCGGCUGACUUGGCAACUCUAGAGGAGAUGUUCUUGCCUGUGCACCAGGAUGUUGAAAAAUAUGAAUGCGCUGCCUGCCGCCACAGGAAAAGGCAGCAAGCAUUCGCGGAAGGACGGCAAUCGCCUCCACAGCAGCUACCCCAUCCGGAAACACUCCCUACGGUGGGGAAGUGCAGCAGUUCAACAAUCCCCUUCAGCGGCCCAGAGUCAGUUUGCCAUUCCCCCGAAGUCUUUGCAUCAGAAAACGCCGAAGUCGAGAAAGGUCAUGGAGGCCCUUUCAUCCAGAGCCAGCCGCUGGACGAUGAAGCGGAUGACAGCCAAGGAAGAACCAGAUUUGAAGAUACGUCUUGCGUGUCCAACGGAGAAAGCGUUGGCAACAGCACGAGUUUUGGGGGAGCCUCCCUUUGCCGCAGUGCCGUUCAUCUGCCACUUGUACUCCAGCUCCCUCUUGGCAGUGGUAACGAAGAGAACAACUUUACCUGCACUUGCUGGGCUGGAAAUUGUAGCGAUAGAAUCGCGAUUGCUACCCCAGUUUCCCUGCGGCAGAUGUUAGUGGACGCGUCCGCGAUGCUGCUCCGCCAGCGAGCGGAGCACCGUUGCUUCCUGCCUUUUCUCUUCCAGCACCAGAUGCAGCCAAAUAGAACGCUUAAGCUGCGAGGAUUACAGGAGUGGGAAAGGGACGAGCAACGACAGCGGCAGCAACAGGAGCACAUGGAAGCUCUUGUGGAGAUGCGCCAGGGGCAAAUCAAUAACAACCCACAUGCAGCCACAAAGCAGCAUUUGCAAAGACAGCUGGACAAGCUACGACAGCAACUGCGAAGAAUGCAGCGGCAGCUACUGCAUCUGCAAGAGAGAAGGUUUCUGCAAAGGCUGCUACGGGAUGAAACAGCGGUAUCCCACUUUCUCACUCUACCUGACAAUACCUUACUUAUACCGAACGGCACCACAGAAACAGAAGAAAAGGAGGAAAUGCUCUCUCACAGGACUCAGAUGGGUCUCCUGGUAGCUUUCAUGAUUGGUGUUGGUGUUCUUCUAUUUACUACUAUCAAGCGCAGCAAUCACUGA